CCAAUGUAAUCCUUAAUGUGUGAGGUCGUACUUUUACAUUCGUAUAUUCAACUUAAACAAUGUAUUUGUAGCAAUGGACAAUGAAGUCGAAGAAGUGGAAGCACCUAUAAAGGGAAAACGUAGGAAUUGGAGGAAUAAGAAGGAAGAUGCACUAAUCAAGUGCAUUGUGAAUGAGUUGGUGGGGGACAAGUGGAGAGCCGAUAAUGGCUUCAAAUGUGGUUUCUUCAACCACGUGGAGAAAGAGUUGGAGAAGUUCCUACCGAGGACCGAUCUUAAGGCUAACCCCCACAUUGACUCGAAGGUGAAGUAUUGGAAAGUAACGUGGGCAAAAAUUGUUGACGUUACUAGCCUUAGCGGCUUCGGGUGGGAUGAUGUGAACAAACGCAUCGUAGUGGAGAAAGACAUAUGGGACAACUAUGAAAAGGCCUAUCCUCAAAAGGCAAAGAACAUCUAUGGGAAGACCUUUUCGUACUUUGAUGAUUGGCAAUUCAUAUUUGGAAAGGAUAGAGCUACGGGGGUGGGAGCGGAGACUCCGGCUACAAUGGGGCACGCAAAUAAUGUGAACCAAACUCUCCCAACUUUCAAUGGUUGUUAUAUUCCUCAAUUUAGUGAAGAGUAUGGUUUAUUCCAAAAUGAUACGACAUUGUCUCCCGCAACUCCGACAACUCCCACAACUCCCACCACUCCCAUACCUCCAACAUUCACACCUCAUAGCUCACUCCCCACGUCCACUCCUCAAACCUCAAUGCCGCAACCCAAUGCCGGAGGAACAAAGAGGAAGAGGACAAGAAUGGGCGAUGAGGAGUUGUCAAUGCUUGCAAGCAUGCAGAAUUGGAUGACCUUGAGCACGGGCUAUAUGGAGAAGAUGGUCAAUUCCUUCGGCUAUGACAAAGAGCUAUCCGCACGACGCACUCAAGUGCCAGACGAGCUGUCAAAGCUCGAUAUUACCUUGAUGGAGAAGUUCAAGUUAAGUGCGGUGAUUUGCCAAGAGGAGCAAAGGGUAGAUAACUUUUACGACAUCAAGCCCGAGGAGAGACAAGCAUAUGUGGAGGCCAUCCUUAGUGGCAUCAUUUAUGGUCCUAUUUCGUAGUGUGCACGUGUGCCUUUUUGAAGUGGUUUAAGUACCAUUAUAAGCAGGAUUGGUACUUAACCCACUUUUUUGAAGUGGCUGACAAACUCGUCGUAUAGUAUAGGCCAUUCGUUUAAUAUGUAAUGAAAUUUGAAGUCAUGCUAAACUUGUAGGAGGUAAACUAUGAAGAAUGGUGAAUGAUCAUAGGU